AUGGUUGGGGGGAUCCCAAAUCCCCCAAGAGGUGUCAAGCAAGGUACCUCCCACCCAGGAGGGCGGUCAGGGGCCAGCAGUGACUCGCCGGGACAGGAAGGGUCACGGGGGCCUCGCGUCCUGGUGCGGUUUCUGUUUUCCGUGAGCAAAGGGUACCGGAGAAUCACCUACCACAACUGGCGUCAUGGCUUCAAUGUGGCCCAGACCAUGUUCACGCUACUCAUGACGGGCAAGCUGAAGAGCUACUACACGGACCUGGAGGCCUUCGCCAUGGUGACCGCCGGCCUGUGCCACGACAUCGACCACCGUGGCACCAACAAUCUGUACCAGAUGAAAUCCCAGAAUCCCUUAGCCAAGCUCCACGGUUCCUCGAUUUUGGAACGGCACCACCUGGAGUUCGGGAAGUUCCUGCUCUCCGAGGAGUCCCUGAACAUCUACCAGAACCUGAACCGGCGACAGCACGAGCAUGUGAUCCAUCUCAUGGACAUAGCCAUCAUUGCCACGGACCUGGCGCUCUACUUCAAGAAGAGGACAAUGUUCCAGAAGAUUGUGGAUGAGUCUAAGAACUAUGAGGACAAGAAGAGCUGGGUGGAGUACCUGUCCCUGGAGACAACGCGGAAGGAGAUAGUCAUGGCCAUGAUGAUGACUGCGUGUGACCUGUCCGCCAUCACCAAGCCCUGGGAAGUCCAGAGCAAGGUUGCUUUGCUGGUGGCAGCUGAGUUCUGGGAACAAGGUGACUUGGAAAGGACAGUUCUGGAUCAGCAGCCCAUUCCAAUGAUGGACCGGAACAAGGCAGCUGAGCUCCCCAAACUACAAGUUGGCUUCAUCGACUUCGUGUGCACAUUCGUGUACAAGGAGUUCUCCCGUUUCCAUGAAGAGAUCCUGCCCAUGUUCGACCGACUGCAGAACAACAGAAAGGAGUGGAAGGCCCUGGCUGACGAGUAUGAGGCCAAAGUCAAGGCCCUGGAGGAGCAGAAGCAGCAACAGGAGGACAAGACAACAGCCAAGAAAGCGGGCACGGAGAUUUGCAACGGCGGCCCCCCACCCAAGUCUUCGACCUGCUGCAUCCUGUGAGCCGCU